ACGUGGAAAAUAUCACCACACCCAAACUCGAUUUCCGCGUGGCUGUUGAUCGGUUUGAAUACCAAAUAGCAUCUAAUAUGUAUUGGGAAGAUGUGUAUGGAAUUGAUCGAGAAUCACCACAGAAUCAGUAUAUAGGAUCGCUUGAAGCAUCAAAUGGUCGAUGUGUAGUUUAUCCCAAUCGAUAUCAACACAAAGAACAAUCAUUUGAACUUGCAGAUCCAACUCAACCAGGACAUUGCAAGAUUUUGACAUUUUUUGUAGUGAAUCCAUCUCGUCGGAUUGUUUCGACUGCGCAUGUGGCUCCGCAACAACCACAAUGGUACAACUCGAGUCUUGACAAGACACCCAUACCGCCUGAACUGUGGAAUGAUGCCACGCAGUAUAUUCAAGGUGUUCAAUCACCAGCUGAGGCCAAACACUAUCGAGAUGAAUUGACAAGUGACCGAACUCAAAUCACAAGAGCAUACAACGAAUACAUAUAUGAACAGAAGUAUAAUCUUGAUCAUUGAUAAUUGAUUGUGAGGUUGUGAUUUAUACAACAAUGAGUUGCAAUGUCAGUCAGAUCUAUGCAAUUAAAUGGAUCGAAUAAAU